AUGCGAUGGUUUCCACUCUGCCUUAAGGUCGCGCUUGUCUACUGGGUCGUCGCUGCUGUGGAAGGCUACAAAAUACGGUUCGGUAGGGAACGCAGCCGGAUUCUUAAGCUCCGGAAGCGCAAAAGUGCUUUCGUUGACCGCCUGAACCUGAUCACGAAGACCAGGGGCAUCGGCAUAUUCACGCUCCGCGCCACGGCCGACGACACCGACGCGAACGCCGAUCUAGACGAGGAAUCCAAGGCACCCGAGUCAUUCGAAGAAUUCUUGCCAAAGAAGAAGAAGAAGCGACAACCUAAGAAUCCGAUAGUAGAAAAAGAUCUACGGCGCUACGAGCCGAUAUUCAGGAAGAUUCCGGCGCUGCGCCAGGUUCAGAAAGAGGUCGAACGCGACCAGAGACCAGGCGCACUAAACCCGCUCGGGUACGCUGCGCACUUCGUGCCGGAGGGGGACUGGAGCUUCCAUCCCAACCUCAUACGCGUGCGAGGCAAGUACUUCUCGAAGCUGUACGAAAAGGAGCUGAGCGAGCCCUUUAAAAUGCAUGACCGUGAUUGUGGCUCCUCACAAGUACAAAUCGCAGCGCUAACCGCGAAACUUGACUACCUCGCCAGGCACGUCAAGAACAACCACAAGGACGUACAGGCCAGACUCCAGGUUAUUAAACUAGGUCACCGCAGACGUAGGCUGCUGGGGUACCUGUACCGGACAAACAGGUCCGCAUUCGACACCCUGAUCAAAACGUUCAAGAUAGAUUUCGACGACUCGCCGUAUUGUUACAAGAAGCUUGUGCCGAGUUACUCGCACAUGCAUCACCGAAAGACGAAGCGGUACACUUCGGCCAAGGAACAGCGUACCGCAACUAGGCAGCGCGUGGUCUCCACAAUGAACACCGAGAUGUUCUGA